AUGCUUCUCGUUCCGACAAGACGCCUUUUGGUCCAGCCAAAACCUCAUCUUCGCCUUUCCCACGCUUGGAUUCACAAUACACCGGCUUUGGGCCUUUUUGGAAAGAAAGCUGCGCAAACCCAACCGAAAAAUCAAAACCAAGUGGACCACCAGGCGUUUGACAAACACCCGAUCUUGAGUAAAGUCCCUCGGAUCUUGAGACCGUGGACAACUCAAUUCAUCCAUGCUCCAGUUUCGCAUGUGACUGCCUUUUUGAUACUUCAUGAGCUCACUGCCAUCCUUCCUUUAGUUGGCAUAUGGUACUUGCUCCAUAGUUAUCACGACUUGCUCAUGGUGUCGUCUUUGGACUUACCAUCGUGGGCCAUCGAAAAGGGCACAAAGAUCAUUGAUCUGGCCAUGGUCUCUUUUGAUUGGGGAAACUACUCGUUGAACGAGAAAGUGCAGAUCAUCAUGGAGGGUGCCUAUGCCUACGUGAUAGUUAAGGCGCUCUUUCCUGUAAGACUUGCUUUUAGUCUACUAGGCAUGCCGUGGUUUGCAAAAUGGUUUGUGUUGCCCUUCACACGGAUGUUCUCCAGAAGGAAGGCUGCCAAGACUGUUCCUGUUGAGCAGCAGAAGCUGGUGCCUCCUACUCCAACCGCAACUCACGAAGUAAAGAAAGUGGACAAACCAAGACUCUAA